AUGGCUUCCCCUACAGAAAUCCAACCAAAGCUCGAGGAGGACGAUCUCGACUUUGAGCCAGCGGAGGAUGUACCAGUCAACAAGACUACCAGUUUCAAUGGCAGGCUACAGCAAUUCCUACAUCACGGCAGCGCCGCGCAUGAAGCGACCAGUGCCUCGACCACUACUAUAUCCCAACGCCCAAAAUUCAAGGCCGAAAGCCAAGCAGAAGAGAUCAACUCCAUUCCAAAGCGUAGGAAAGCAAUCACACAGACGACCACAACAACCCAUACACGAAAAACCCGCUCGCGCUCACGCUCAACUCCAACAACUCCCCCAUCCCCAAUCCCGCCUAAAACCCCAACGAAGCGCAAGCGCAGCACCGCACCCCGAAUCUCAAGCCUCCCCGGCCCAUCAGCUUCCGAAUCUCUCCUCCGCGAUACAAUCCCUCCAAACCUGGUUCUCCUGCUCGUGGGUGUGAACCCAGGGAUGAUGACAGGCAUAACUGGGUACGCCUACGCACACCCGUCAAAUCUCUUCUGGAAACUGCUGUAUUCAUCCGGAAUAACCAGCAUCCGCCACAUCCCCGCAGACACAUACAAGCUACCAGCGCUGUACAGUGUGGGCAACACGAAUAUCGUGGAGCGGCCGACGCGGGACGCGAGUAUGCUCAGUCGUGCGGAGAUGGAUGCGGGUGUUCCCGUGCUUGAGGCUAAGGUUGCCGCGCAGCGGCCGGAGGUGGUUUGUCUUGUUGGAAAGAGUAUUUGGGAGGCUGUUUGGCGAGUUAAGCAUGGGAGGGGGAUCCGGAAGGAGGAGUUUCGGUAUGGAUGGCAGGGGGAGGAGGAGAAUAUGGGUCGUGUUGACGGGUGGGCUGGUGCGCCUGUCUUUGUAGCCACAACGACUAGUGGGCUUGCGGCUGGGAUGAAGCUUGCAGAGAAGGAGGCUAUUUGGGCGGAGUUGGGGAGUUGGGUUGUUAAGAGGAGAGCGGAACGGGGGUUGGACUUGGUGGUUAAAGAUGAGGAUGUUGUGAUUUGA